CCUAUGCCUUCUUCCUGAUCCAGCUCCCCCCUGGCACCAGAAGCCACCUGAAACCCUAGAACCGUAGCUUAAACCCAUGAAACACCAAAUACAAUUGCGAAACAAGCGUAAUUCUCCCCACUGCAAUUUAUUCUCAGUAUCGAAGUCCUGAAACCUCAGAUAUAGGACCUUUCCCGAAGAACAAUGUCUCUCCCACCCGUGGAGUGUGUUUACAUGACGGAAGACUCCAUAACAGAAUUAAAGAAUGGAAACUCAAACUUCAAAUUCUCUAACCCCGUGUCAAACCUUCGAUUCCUAUACGAGCUCUGCUGGGCAAUGGUCAGAGGUGACUUGCCAUUUCAGAAGUGUAAAGCUGCAUUGGAGUCUGCUGAAUCUAUUGGUUGUGUCUGUCAGGAUGAAAUUGGAUCCAACUUAGCUGAUAUUGUGACUCAAAUAGCUCAAGACCUCACUUUGUCUGGAGAAUAUCGUGCACGUCUUAUUAAGCUGGCCAAAUGGCUAUUGGAUUCUGCAUUAGUACCAUUGAGAUUUUUUCAUGAGCGAUGUGAGGAAGAAUUUUUAUGGGAAGCUGAAAUGAUCAAGAUAAAGGCUCCAGAUUUGAAAUCAAAAGAGGUGAGGGUAAACACCCGCCUUCUUUAUCAGCAGACCAAGUUUAACCUUCUUCGAGAAGAGAGUGAAGGCUAUGCUAAAUUGGUUACUUUACUUUGCCAGAUCCCCGAAGCUUCUAACCAAAAUGUUUCAGAUGCAACAGUUGGAAUAAUUAAGUCAUUAAUUGGACAUUUUGAUCUGGAUCCAAACAGAGUUUUUGACAUUGUUUUGGAGUUUUUUGAAUUUCGACCUAACAAUAGUGUAUUCUUGGACCUCAUUCCUAUAUUUCCAAAGUCUCAUGCCUCUCAAAUUCUUGGUCAUAAAUUUCAAUACUACCAGCGGAUGGACGUUCAUGAUCAUGUGCCAUAUGGUCUCUAUCAGCUUGCUGCGUUGCUGGUGAAAAAAGAUUUCAUUGAUGUCGAUAACAUAUAUGUGCAUUUACUUCCUAAGGAUGAGGAGGCGUUUAAGCAUUAUUCCACAUCCUUGGCAAAGAGACAUGAGGAGGCAAACAAGAUAGGAAGAAUAAAUCUUGCUGCAACUGGAAAAGAUCUCAUGGAUGAGGAAAAACAAGGAGAUGUUACGGUCGAUCUGUAUUCUGCUUUGGAUGCCGAAUUGGAUGCAGUCGCUGAAAGAUCCUCAGAACUUCAAGAUAGUCAACCUUUAGGUCUGCUCAUGGGGUUUCUUGCUGUAGAUGAUUGGCAUCAUGCUCAUAUGCUAUUUGAUCGCCUCUCACCUCUUAAUCCAGUGGAACAUAUGCAAAUAUGCAGUGGGUUGCUUAGGCUUAUUGAAAUAUCAGUUUUGCCGGGGUAUGGCCUACUUUGCAAAACUCAGAUUCUCAGUUCGGCUAUUGGAGCUGGUAGUAGCAUGAUAGAUGCAACUGAUUCAUCUGGCAGUAUCUCUUUCAUUGAUCUUCCAACAGAGCUUUUUGAGAUGCUUGCUACUGUUGGUCCUUAUCUUUAUCGAGAUGUUUCAUUACUGCAGAAGGUUUGCAGAGUGUUGAGGGGUUACUACAUAUGUGCACGUGAACUUGCCAACAGUGGUGGGGAUUUUAAUGCUCAAGAGGCAAUUACCGAAAACCGCACUCCUCGUACCCAUUUGAGGGAUGCUAGGUUAAGAAUUGAGGAAGCACUAGGGACGUGUCUACUUCCAUCCUUACAGUUGAUACCAGCAAAUCCUGCAGUUGGGCAAGAGAUAUGGGAACUACUUAGUCUCUUACCAUAUGAGGUUCGUUAUCGUCUAUAUGGUGAGUGGGAAAAAGAUGAUGAACAAUUUCCAAUGCUUUUCACUGCAAGGCAAACAGCUAAGUUGGAUACAAGAAGGGUUCUAAAGCGCCUUGCCAAAGAAAACUUUAAACAACUUGCUCGAAUGGUUGCUAAGCUAGCUCAUGCCAAUCCCAUGACAGUACUAAGGACGAUUGUUCAGCAGAUAGAGGCUUAUAGGGAUAUGAUUACCCCAGUUGUUGAUGCAUUUAAGUACUUGACGCAGCUGGAGUAUGAUAUUUUGGAGUAUGUUGUAAUUGAGCGCCUGGCACAAAGUGGACGUGAUAAGCUAAAAGAUGAUGGCAUAAAUUUGUCGGAUUGGCUCCAGUCUUUGGCAUCUUUUUGGGGGCAUCUGUGUAAAAAAUACCCAUCAAUGGAACUAAGAGGUCUUUUCCAGUAUCUUGUAAAUCAGCUGAAGAGAGGAAAUGGAAUUGAGCUUCUUUUUGUUCAGGAGCUUAUACAGCAAAUGGCCAAUGUUCAAUACACAGAGAACAUGACAGAAGACGAACUGGAUGCAAUGGCUGGAAGUGAAACCCUUCGAUAUCAAGCUACUUCAUAUGGGAUAACCAGGAACAAUAAGGCAUUGAUCAAAUCCACCAAUAGGCUGAGAGAUGCUUUGCUUUCAAAAGAAGAACCAAAGUUGGCAAUUCCUCUUUUGUUACUCAUUGCUCAACACCGUUCUGUGGUUGUCAUAAGUGUUGAUGUUCCUUAUAUCAAAAUGGUCAGUGAACAAUUUGAUAGGUGCCAUGGUACUCUUCUCCAGUAUGUGGAGUUUUUGUCUAGUGCAGUUACCCCAGCAACUAGCUAUGCUCUACUUGUUCCAACUCUGGAUGACCUUUUACGCCUUUAUCAUCUUGAACCUGAGGUUGCAUUUUUAAUUUAUCGGCCAGUUAUGAGGCUCUUUCGAUCUCAGAACAGUCCAGAUUCGUUUUGGCCAUUAGACUAUGACGAAGCAAUGAGUGAUGUGAUGCCUGGAACGGAACCUGAAACAAUGCGUGGCUCUACAAAAAUGGUUCUGGAUCUUGGCUCCUCUCGCAAGCCUAUCUUCUGGGAAGACCUACUUGAUACAAUCAAAACAAUGUUACCUUCAAAAGCAUGGAAUAGUUUGUCUACAGACCUGUAUGCUACAUUUUGGGGUCUUUGUCUUUAUGAUCUCUAUGUCCCUAGAAAUCGUUAUGAUUCUGAAAUCGCUAAGCAACAUGUUGCUCUUAAAGCACUCGAAGAAUUAUCUGAUAAUUCUAGUUCUGCAAUCACCAAGAGGAAGAAAGAUAAAGAAAGAAUUCAAGAGUCUCUUGACCGUCUGACGUUGGAACUCCAUAAACAUGAAGAACAUGUUGCAUCUGUCCAUAGACGUCUAGCCCGUGAAAAGGACAAGUGGUUGAGUUCCUGCCCUGAUACAUUAAAAAUCAAUAUGGAAUUUCUUCAGCGGUGCAUCUUUCCACGUUGUACUUUCAGUAUGCCUGAUGCGGUAUACUGUGCUCUGUUUGUAAACACUCUUCAUUCACUCGGAACACCUUUUUUUAACACCGUUAACCACAUAGAUGUGUUGAUAUGCAAAACACUACAACCUAUGAUUUGUUGUUGCACUGAGUAUGAAGUGGGUCGUCUAGGAAGGUUCUUGUAUGAAACUUUGAAGACAGCCUAUUAUUGGAAGGGUGACGAAGCAAUAUAUGAACGUGAAUGUGGGAAUAUGCCAGGGUUUGCCGUUUACUACAGAUUCCCAAACAGCCAGCGUGUCACAUAUAGCCAAUUCAUCAAGGUACAUUGGAAAUGGAGCCAAAGGAUCACGAGGUUGUUGAUACAAUGUUUGGAGUCAACUGAGUACAUGGAAAUUCGGAAUGCCCUAAUUUUGUUGACAAAAAUAUCCAAUGUCUUCCCUGUAACUCGUAAGAGUGGGAUUAAUCUUGAGAAACGGGUUGGUAAAAUUAAAAGUGAGGAAAGGGAGGAUCUUAAGGUGUUGGCAACAGGCGUUGGUUCAGCUUUAGCUGCUAGGAAGCCCUUGUGGGUUUCAGAUGAGGAAUUUGGAAUGGGUUAUCUUGAACUGAAGCCAGCUCCAGGACUGACUCAAAAGUCUGCAGCUGCAAAUCAAUCUGCUUUACAGAAUGGAGCCUUGAACAAUGUCUCUCAGGGAGAGCAUGUUGGGGGCCGAAAUGCUGCUGUGGGGAAGAUGGGCGAUGGGAAGCUAGACAGAGCAGAGAGUUCUUUGCAAAAAUCUGAUCUUGUCCAUGCUAAAAACAUUUUUGUUUCUUCUAAUGGCCCUGACAAUACAUCUUCAAGGCCAUCAACUGCUGUCCAAUCGGGCACAUCUAGGCCUGCAGAGAAUCUGAAACUUAUGGAUGACUUCGCAAAUGAGCCGCUUGGAGAAAGCAACAUAAAAGCGGUUUCCAAGACUUCUGCCAUCCAGGAGGUAAGAGCGACUACGAAGCGUGCUAUUCCAUCUGGAUCACAAACAAUGCAGCUAAAACUGGACCUUCCCAAAGAUGAUAGAUCUGGUAAAGAUCUUCAUCCAUCUGACAAUAGGUCGGGUGGAGUUGCCUCUGCAAUUUCAGGCAAUAAUAACUUGGGUUUAACAAAAACUGGAUCCUUUAGCACUUCAUCUUCACGAUCUAUAACUCAUGGAAAUGAAACAAAAGCUGAGAUUGUCGGUGCAAAGUCAUCUGAGACUAGGCAAACAACUGGAAAAGAUGAUGAAACCGAAUCUUCUGAAAUCUAUGCCCAAUCUUCGCGUACGUUACAUUCUCCUCGACAGGAUCUUUCCAAGCCUGCUGAUCGGAAGAGAACAAGUCCCACUGAAGAAGUUGAUAGACUAAACAAACGACGUAAAGGUGAGGUCGAUCCAAAAGAAAUAGAUGGUAGCGAGGUAAGAGAAAGGGUAAUCAAUACUCGAGCUGUUGAUAAACUUAAUUCUGUAGAUUAUGAUAGAGCAGUAUUAGAAGACCAAAGUACAAGCAGACAUACUGAAAAGUCUACUGAUAGAUCAAAAGAUAAGGGUACUGAGAGACAUGAGAGGGAUCAUCGAGAGCGAUUGGAGCGGCCCGAAAAAUCCCGUGGAGAUGAUAUGCUUUCUGAGAAGUCCAGGGAUAGAUCAACAGAAAGAUACAUUCGGGAGCGAUCUGUGGAAAAAGUUCUUGAGAGAGGCAUAGAUAGAAACUUUGAUAGGCUAGGAAAAGAUGAUAGAAGCAAGCUGCGUCAUUGUGAAGUUUCUACAGAAAAAUCGUAUGUGGACGAACGAUUUCAUAAUCAAAGCUUACCUCCACCCCCACCCUUGCCACCUCAUUUGGUUCCCCAAUCCAUUAAUGCUGGUAAGAGAGAUGAAGAUUUGGAUAGGCGUGUGGGAUCUUCAAGGCAUGGCCAACGGCUCUCUCCUAGGCAUGACGAGAGAGAGAGGAGGCGUUCCGAAGAGAAUAUUUUGCUACUUCAGGAUGAUGUGAAACGUAGAAGAGAUGAUGAUUUUCGAGACAGAAAGCGGGAAGAAAGAGAUGGGCUUCCAAUGAAGGUGGAGGAGAGGGAGAGAGAACGAGAGAAACAAAACCUUUUGAAGGAGGACAUUGAUGUCAAUGCUGCAUCCAAGAGACGGAAAUUAAAAAGAGAGCAUUUAUCAUCAGAAUCUGGUGAAUUUUCACAAUCAUCUCUUGUUCCUCCUCUUCCGAUUAAUAAUAUCUCACAAUCCUAUGAUGGAAGAGAGAGGGGAGAUCGUAAAUCAGUCAUGAUCCAACGUCCUGGAUACUUAGAGGAACAAGGUCCGAGAAUUCAUGGAAAAGAUUCAACUAGCAAAUCAACCCGUCGUGAUGCUGAUCCACUAUAUGAUAGAGAGUGGGAUGAUGAUAAAAGACAAAGAGGGGCUGAGCCAAAAAGGCGCCACCGCAAGUAAUGGAGUUGUGUCUGCUCUUAGUAAAGAAGGUGCUACACCCUGAGUUUUAGUUGAUGGAAGCAUUGCUUGGGGAAGGCUGCAGAGAGGACAUCUUGUUUGAAUAUCCCAUUUGUGAGUCUGUGACCUUUAUAGAGUGUGUGUGUGUGUUUUUUUUUUUUCUGCUAUCCUUGAGUGCCGUAGAACCUUGGUAAUUAGACUUGUUCUUCGCAUAACCCGGAAUAGUGAGGAGACAUAAUAUAGAUGACAAAUAUGUGGAACGCAAUCCUGGUUAAUGCUCUUAAUAACAUCAGUUAAUGUGC